CGGCUGCGUUGCGGCUCCGCGGCGCUCGCUCCUUAGCCGCCGCCGCCGCCGCUGCCGCCGCCGCCCUCCCGCCGCGCUCCCCCGCCGCCGCCUGCCGCCAGCCCGGCCCGUCCGCCGGCCCGCCCGCAUGGCGCUCCGCAGCUUCUGCAGCGCCGAUGGCUCCGACCCCUUCUGGGACUGGAACGUCACGUGGCACACCAGCAACCCCGACUUCACCAAGUGCUUCCAAAACACCGCCCUGGCCUGGGCGCCCUGUGCCUACCUCUGGGCCUGCUUCCCCCUCUACUUUCUCUACCUGUCCCGCCAUGACCGCGGCUACAUCCAGAUGACACUCCUCAACAAAGCCAAGACUGCCUUGGGGUUCCUGCUCUGGGCCGUGUGCUGGGCGGACAUGUUCUAUGCUUUCUGGGAGAGGAGCCGGGGCGCGUGGCUGGCGCCGGUGCUGCUGGUCAGCCCGACCCUCCUGGGCAUCACCAUGCUGCUCGCCACCUUUUUGAUCCAGCUGGAGCGGAGGAAGGGCGUGCAGUCAUCGGGGAUCAUGCUGAUUUUCUGGCUUGUGGCCCUACUGUGUGCUGUUGUCAUCUUGCGAUCUAAGAUCAUGGCCGCCUUACAAAAGGGUGCGCAGGUGGAUGUGUUCCGUGACGCCACAUUCUACAUAUACUUCACCCUUGUGCUGGCCCAGCUCGUGCUGGCCUGCUUCUCUGACCGUGCGCCCCUCUUCUCCGAGACCAUCAAUGACCCGAACCCGUGCCCGGAGUCCGGUGCCUCCUUUCUGUCCAGGAUCACGUUCUGGUGGAUCACCGGGCUGAUGGUGCGGGGCUACCGCCAGCCCCUGGAGGGCACAGACCUUUGGUCCCUGAACAAGGAGGACAUGUCAGAGCAGGUGGUGCCUGUGCUGGUGAGGAACUGGAAGAAGGAGUGUGCCAAGUCCUGCAGGCAGCCUGUGCGGAUCCAGUACUCUAACAAGGAGCCCCCCAAGCCCAAAGGGGGCUCCAAGGUGGAUGUGAGUGAGGAGGCGGAGGCGCUGAUCGUCAAGGUCCCCCAGAAGGAGCGGGACCCCUCGCUGUUUAGGGUGCUGUACAAGACCUUCGGGCCCUACUUCCUCAUGAGCUUCCUGUUCAAGGCCCUGCACGACCUCAUGAUGUUCACCGGCCCCGAGAUCCUCAAGUUGCUCCUCGCCUUCAUGAACGACCCGCAGGCCCCGGACUGGCAGGGCUACUUCUACACGGGGCUGCUGUUCAUCAGCGCCUGCCUGCAGACACUGCUGCUGCACCAGUACUUCCACAUCUGCUUCGUCAGCGGCAUGCGCGUCAAGACCGCCGUCAUCGGUGCUGUGUACCGCAAGGCCCUGGUGAUCACCAAUGCCGCCCGGAAGUCGUCCACCGUGGGAGAGAUCGUGAACCUCAUGUCGGUGGACGCCCAGCGCUUCAUGGACCUGGCCACGUACAUCAACAUGGUGUGGUCGGCGCCCCUGCAGGUCGCCCUGGCCCUCUACCUCCUGUGGCUGAACCUGGGCCCGUCUAUCCUGGCGGGUGUGGCCGUCAUGAUCCUCAUGGUGCCCUUCAACGCGGUGAUGGCCAUGAAGACCAAGACUUACCAGGUGGCUCACAUGAAGAGCAAGGACAACCGGAUCAAGCUGAUGAACGAGAUCCUGAAUGGCAUUAAGGUGCUCAAGCUGUAUGCCUGGGAGCUGGCAUUCCAGGACAAGGUCAUGGCCAUCCGACAGGAGGAGCUGAAGGUGCUCAAGAAGUCUGCCUACCUGGCGGCCAUAGGCACCUUCACCUGGGUCUGCACCCCCUUCCUGGUAGCCCUGUCCACCUUCGCUGUGUAUGUGAUGGUGGACGAGAAGAACGUCCUGGAUGCGCAGAAGGCCUUCGUAUCCCUGGCCCUGUUCAACAUCCUCCGCUUCCCCCUGAACAUCCUCCCUAUGGUCAUCAGCAGCAUUGUGCAGGCCAGCGUCUCCCUCAAGCGCCUAAGGGUCUUCCUGUCCCAUGAGGAGCUGGAGCCAGACAGCAUUGAGCGGAAGCCCAUGAAGGACGGUGGGGGCUCACACAGCAUUACCGUGAAGAACGCGACGUUCACGUGGGCCAGGGGUGAGGCUCCCAGCCUGAAUGGCAUCUCCUUCUCAGUGCCUGAGGGUGCCCUGGUGGCCGUGGUGGGCCAGGUGGGCUGCGGGAAGUCGUCCCUGCUCUCAGCCCUGCUGGCGGAGAUGGACAAGGUGGAGGGGCACGUGGCUCUGAAGGGCUCCGUGGCCUACGUGCCCCAGCAGGCCUGGAUCCAGAACGACUCCCUGCGGGAGAACAUCCUGUUCGGCCGGCCCCUGCAGGAGCGGCACUACCGGACCGUGAUGGAGGCCUGCGCCCUCCUCCCCGACCUGGAGAUCCUCCCCAGCGGGGACCGCACCGAGAUCGGCGAGAAGGGUGUGAACUUGUCUGGGGGCCAGAAGCAGAGGGUGAGCCUGGCCCGGGCCGUGUACUGCGAUGCGGACAUCUACCUCCUGGACGACCCGCUCUCGGCCGUGGACGCCCACGUGGGGAAGCACAUCUUUGAGCAUGUGGUCGGCCCCAAGGGCUUGCUGAAGAACAAGACGCGGCUGCUGGUGACGCACGGCCUCAGCUACCUGCCGCAGGUGGACGUCAUUGUGGUCAUGAGCGGCGGCAAGAUCUCGGAGAUGGGCUCCUACCAGGAGCUGCUGGCCCGGGACGGUGCCUUCGCCGAGUUCCUGCGCACCUACGCAGGCUCGGAGCAAGAUGACGGGCCCCCAGGCCUCGGUGGUCAACGGAAGGAGGCCAAGCCAGUGGAAAAUGGCGUGCUGGUGUCGGACAGCAUGGGGAAGCUGCAGAGGCAGCUAAGCAGCUCCUCCUCCUAUAGUGGGGACGCCAGCAAGCACCAUGCCAGCAGCGCCGAGCUGCAGGAGGCCGGCACCAAGGAGGAGGCCUGGAGGCUGAUGGAGGCCGACAAGGCACAGACGGGCAAGGUGAAGCUCUCCGUGUACUGGGACUACAUGAAGGCCAUCGGCCUCUUCCUCUCCUUCCUGAGCCUCUUCCUGUUCCUGUGCAACCAUGUCUCCGCCCUGGCCUCCAACUACUGGCUCAGCCUCUGGACGGACGACCCCAUCAUCAAUGGCACCCAGGGGCACACAGAGUUCUGGCUGGGCGUCUAUGGGGCCCUGGGCAUUUCACAAGGGAUUGCUGUGUUCGGCUACUCCAUGACUGUGUCCAUCGGGGGCAUCCUGGCCUCGCGCCGCCUGCACUUGGACCUGCUUUGCAACGUCCUCCGCUCGCCCAUGAGCUUCUUUGAGCGCACGCCCAGUGGGAACCUGGUGAACCGUUUCUCCAAGGAGCUGGACACGGUGGAUUCCAUGAUCCCCCAGGUCAUCAAGAUGUUCAUGGGCUCCCUGUUCAACGUCAUCGGCGCCUGCGUCAUCAUCCUGCUGGCCACGCCCAUCGCCGCCGUCAUCAUCCCGCCCCUGGGCCUCGUCUACUUCUUCGUGCAGAGGUUCUAUGUGGCCUCCUCACGGCAGCUCAAGCGCCUGGAGUCGGUCAGCCGCUCCCCUGUCUACUCGCACUUCAACGAGACGCUGCUGGGGGUCAGCAUCAUCCGAGCCUUCGAGGACCAGGAGCGCUUCGUUCGCCAGAGCGACCUGAAGGUGGACGAGAACCAGAAGGCCUACUACCCCAGCAUUGUGGCCAACAGGUGGCUGGCCGUGCGGCUGGAAUGUGUUGGCAACUGCAUCGUCCUGUUUGCUGCCCUAUUCGCGGUCAUCUUCCGGCAUGGCCUCAGCGCUGGCCUGGUGGGCCUGUCCGUGUCUUACUCCCUGCAGGUUACAACGUACCUGAACUGGCUGGUCCGGAUGUCCUCUGAGAUGGAAACCAACAUCGUGGCUGUGGAGAGGCUCAAGGAGUACUCAGAAACAGAGAAGGAGGCUCCCUGGCAGAUCCAGGAGACGGCUCCGCCCAGCAGCUGGCCCCAGGUGGGCCAAGUGGAGUUCCGAGACUACGGCUUGCGCUACCGAGAUGACCUGGACCUGGUUCUCAAGCACAUCAAUGUCACCAUCAAUGGCGGGGAGAAGGUUGGCAUUGUGGGCCGGACAGGAGCUGGGAAGUCAUCCCUGACCCUGGGCCUGUUCCGGAUCAAUGAGUCUGCGGAAGGAGAGAUCAUCAUCGAUGGCGUCAACAUCGCCAAGAUCGGCCUGCACAACCUGCGCUUCAAGAUCACCAUCAUCCCACAGGACCCCGUUCUGUUCUCGGGCUCGCUGCGCAUGAACCUGGACCCAUUCAGCCAGUACUCGGACGAGGACAUCUGGACGGCCCUGGAGCUGGCCCACCUGAAGGGCUUCGUGUCGGCUCUUCCCGACAAGCUGGAGCACGAGUGUGCGGAAGGCGGGGAGAACCUCAGCGUGGGGCAGCGGCAGCUCGUGUGCCUUGCACGGGCUCUGCUGAGGAAGACGAAGAUCCUGGUGCUGGACGAGGCCACGGCGGCCGUGGACCUGGAGACGGACGACCUCAUCCAGUCCACCAUCCGGACGCAGUUCCACGACUGCACGGUGCUCACCAUUGCCCACAGGCUCAACACUAUCAUGGACUACACCAGGGUGAUUGUCCUGGACAAGGGAGAGGUCCUGGAGUGCGGGCCGCCGGCGCAGCUCCUACAGCACCGGGGGCUCUUCUACAGCAUGGCCAAAGACGCCGGCCUGGUGUGAGGCCCGCAUCCCCGCACCCCAGGACAAGCCGGCCCCCUCGGGAGCCCCAGCCUCCCCCACAGAAACCAAAACUGAAGAAAACCAAACCCCCAAAACCAAAACACACCAAGCAGCAGCCGCUGCCUGGCCCCACCCGGCCUCCGCCUUGAAGAACUGGAGGCAGCGAUGCCUCCGGCCCCGGACAUGUGCCCUGGCCUCUGGCACCCCGCAAGGCGUGCACCCCACAGGACGCACACCUCAUCGCAGGCUGGGCUCCCACAGAGGGGCUGUGGGACCCACACUCGCCUUCUCGAGAAAUUGGUUGUGUGAAACAUGCUAGUGACCAAAUCCAGCCAGCUGCCUUGCACCUCUCCACAUGCUGUGGGGCUUUCCCACCCUGGAGUCGCUCCGGCCCCAGCCCUCCUGUCACCGUGCGCUUCCCUACCUCGGGGCCUCGGGCGGCGGCCCGUGGGCUUGGACUGUCCUCAUGUCCACCUCUCAUCUUCCAGCUGCUCCGGCGCUGGGAGGUAGCAACCCCCCCACCCCGUGUCUCCAGUGGGAUUUGCUUCAGUGGUGAGAGGCACCAUGGGGGGGGCCUCCCGGGAACCCCCAGAGCCUGUCCUUGUGACCCGUGCCCACUGCUCGGAUGGGAUGGGCCUCUCAGAAGGCCUGUCUGAGGUUAUGCACAUUCAAGGUCAAGAGCACGGCGGACCCCAACCAUCCCCACCACUUGAUACCAAAAAUCCGGGAACCCCCAGAGCUUCAUUUCUUCCCCGGACAUCCGGCCGGCUGCCUCGGGCCCCCGCGGCAGGGGACUUCACUUGUGGUGCGUGAAUGGCCAUGAUCGUUUUUUUUUUCCCUUCCUCUUCUUCCUGCUCCGGGGAGAAAGCCAGCGUGACAUGCUACCUUUGCCAGAGGAGUGCGGGGCGGGCUGGCAUCCCCAGGCGGCAGCCCGUCCUGGCUUUGCACUUGACCUUGGACUCGUGUGCAGUCUUUCCAAGCGGGUCUAUGGGGGGGUUCUCAGUGACAGGCGAACACGAGACACCCCCACCCCAAAGCAGAAAGGGCCCGCGCCUGCCCCAGGAUUCACACGUUGUGAGUUCUGCUGCCGACUUUUUUCUUUUAAGUGGAAAUAUAUAUAUAUAUUAUAUAUAUUUAUUUUUUUGUAAGUUAAACCAUUCUUUCACGUUGGAGAACCCAGGUUUCUCCUGGGCAUCUUUUUGUAAUGACUUAACACUGGAAACGUGAACAUUUGUGAAUAAUUUUCAGUAAAGAAACAAGAUAUUUUA